AUGGAGUCCGACUCCUCUAAAUCCAACUUCUGUCUGCUUCUUUUUUUUCUUCUUGUUUCUACUACCAUGUUGCCGGCAAUGGUUUCUGCUUCUCUUGGAAUCAACUAUGGUCAGAUCGGAGACAAUCUUCCGGCGCCCGAAAAAGCCGUUCCUCUCGUUCAGUCCAUCGGCGCCACGAAGGUGAGGCUUUACGACGCAAAUCCGCUAGUUCUUCGCGCAUUCGCCGGCACCGACAUUGAGUUAACGGUCGAAGUUGGCAACGAACACUUGUCGGAGAUGAGCGAUCCACAAAAGGCCUUGGAUUGGGUGAGAUCGAACGUCCAAGAAUACUUGCCGGCCACGAAUAUUACAGGCAUCAUGGUUGGGAACGAAGUGUUGACUCUCUACGACAGUGGUUUGAGCAACAACCUCGUCGCCGCCAUGCAAACCAUACAUGGUGCACUCCUUACUUUGGGGUUAGACAAGCAGAUCAAGGUAACUACUUCACACUCCUUCAACGUCAUGGAAACCUCCUAUCCUCCAUCCGCCGGAGCCUUCAAGCAAGAUCUAACGGGACAUAUUACUGAAAUCUUGGAGUUCCACAAUCAAACGGGUUCACCUUUCUGCGUCAAUAUUUACCCGUAUUUUGCAUACAAGGCAAAUCCAGAGAAAAUUCCUCUUGCCUACGUUGUUUUUGAGCCAAAUUCCGGGUUCGUGGAUCCGAAUACCAGUGUCAAAUACGACAACAUGUUUUUUGGGCAGAUCGAUGCCGUUUACUCUGCACUAUCUUUGUUGGGUUUUGAGGAGGUCUCUGUUUGCGUAGCUGAGACUGGUUGGCCGUCAAAGGGAGACGCCGAUGAAGCUGGAGCUACGAUUGAUAAUGCUGCAAAGUACAACGGCAAUUUGAUGAAGAUGAAUAUUGAAGUAGAUGUGUAUAUUUUUGCCUUGUUUAACGAAAAUAGGAAGCCCGGGCCAACGUCGGAGAGGAACUUUGGACUGUUCAAGCCGGACACGUCGCCGGUAUAUUUCGUCGGAGACACCACUAAUAAAUUAAACACCACUGAUGAAGCAUCUGCCAGUUUAUCUGCCAUCAAAAGAUUCCGCCUUAUUUUGUUUCUCUGCUUGGCAUCAACUGCACUGCUGUAA